AUUAUUAUUUUACAAAAAGGUAGUAUUUUCCUUUCUGUUUUUCUUCGCUCAUCACCAACUCUAUGCGGUGACACUGCUCCUUCGGACUCUUAAUCUCUCCUCGCAUCUCUCUCUGUCUCUCUCUGUGGUUUGGCUUCGGGGACGAGGAGGAAAACUCAGUCUUAUCUGCAAUAUGAGAGGACGACUAUGGCAGCUUGGGCAAUCCAUGACACGGCGCCUUUCUCAGGCCGAUAAAAAGGCUGUAGCACGCCGAUGUUUUGCUUCAGAAGCUGAGCUCAAACAAACUGUUCUGUAUGACUUCCAUGUUGCCAAUGGUGGGAAGAUGGUGCCCUUUGCUGGGUGGAGCAUGCCAAUCCAAUACAAGGAUUCAAUUAUGGACUCCACUUUGAAUUGCAGGGAGAAUGGUAGCCUCUUUGAUGUGUCCCACAUGUGUGGGCUGAGUCUUAAGGGAAAGGACUCUGUUCCAUUCCUUGAGAAGCUUGUCAUUGCUGAUGUUGCUGCGCUUGCCCCUGGGACUGGAACCCUUACUGUCUUUACAAAUGAGAUGGGAGGGGCAAUUGAUGAUUCGGUGAUCACUAAGGUGAAGGAUGAUCACAUAUACCUGGUUGUGAAUGCGGGUUGUAGGGAUAAGGAUCUUGCACACAUUGAGGAGCACAUGAAGGCAUUCAAAGCCAAGGGCGGGGAUGUCUCAUGGCAUAUACAUGAUGAGAGAUCUCUUCUGGCUCUCCAGGGUCCUCUUGCCGCACCAAUUCUUCAGCAUUUGACAAAAGAUGAUUUGAGCAAGAUGUACUUUGGGGAAUUUCGAAUGUUGGAUAUUAAUGGGGUCCACUGCUAUCUCACUAGAACUGGGUAUGUUGCUUUUCUGGUUCCUAAUUGUUAAUUUGUGAAUUAUAGUUAAUGAUGCAUGGAGAGAAGCCCGAAGUGC